GGGGCGGCGAGGCGCGGCGCAGCUCGGACCCGCCGGACGCAGCGCUCGCCCAGCGGCCGCGGCCACCCCCGCGCCGGUGCGGCGCCCGCGGCGCCCGCUGCCCGCGCCCCAUGGGGUGCCAGGUACAGAGGCUCCAGCCUUUGGGCCAUCCACAAACAGGGAGCUGGAGCAGACGUGGAACAGCUGGGACACAAGCUGGUGUCCAUGUGGGGUGCGGAUGUCACAGGCUUUGUAGAAGAGGCAGCCGCAAGGCCCGCGGGUGGACCGCGAGAGGGAGAUAUGGAAAUCGCGUCCCACUACCGGCACCUUCUUCGGGAGUUGGAUGAGCAGCGGCAGCGUGGGGUACUGUGUGACGCCUGUGUGGUGGUGGAGGGUAAGGUCUUCAGGGCACACCGCAACGUGCUGCUGGGCAGCAGCCGCUACUUCAAGACGCUUUUCUGCCAGGUGCAGAAGACGUCGGAGCAGGCCACGGUCACCCACCUGGACAUCGUCACGGCCCAGGGCUUCAAGGCCAUCAUUGACUUCAUGUACUCAGCCCACCUGGCCCUCACCAGCAGGAACGUCAUUGAGGUCAUGUCGGCUGCCAGCUUCCUGCAGAUGACUGACAUUGUGCAGGCCUGCCACGAGUUCAUCAAGGCCGCAUUGGACAUUAGCAUCAAGGCCGACGCCUCAGAUGAGCUGGCCGACUUGGAGGAUGGCGGCCCAGUGAGCGGUGGUGCUGAUGCCCUGCUUUCAGCCGUCAUGGCUGGCAGGAGCAUCUCGCCCUGGCUGGCCCGGCGAACCAGCCCCGCAGGUUCCUCCGGGGACUCAGCCAUCGCCAGCUGCCAUGAGGGCGGCGGCAGCGGCAGCAGCGGCAGCUAUGGGAGGGAUGAGCCUGAGUCCAAAGCCAACGGCUUGGAGGACACGCCCGCACAACCACUGUGGCCGGGCGACACAGGCUGCGGGUCCCUGCACGUCAAGGAGGAGCAGCCGUCGCCGCCACCCUGCAGGGCAGGCACACUUCAGGGCACCUUCCCUGAGCUGGGGGCCGCUGGGCGCAGGAAGAACCGCAAGAACAAGGACACCGUGCGGCACAUCACGCAGCCAGCAGAGGAGGACGAUGGCCCCACAGGCUCCCCACCGCCGUCCUUCCUCCCCACCACCACAUGGCCCUUUGGUGGCCGGGGCUCAAGUGCUGAGCUGGCGGCAGCUGAAGCCAGCGGCUCCGAGGGCCGCGGGGACAGGGCGGAAGAUACCCUAAUGGAAGGAGAGGCGGGCUUUCUGGGCGUCGCCCUGGCUGAGAAGGAUGAGGUGCUACAGCAGGCAGCGGCUGUGGCCAACCUGCGCGCAGCGCUCAUGAGCAAGAACAGCCUGCUGUCCCUCAAGGCAGAGGCGCUGGGUGACGAUGGCACACUGCUGCUGGAGUAUCUGCCUAAGGGCGCACACUCACUGUCGUUGAACGAGUUCGCAGUCAUCAGGAAGAAGUUCAAGUGCCCAUACUGCAGCUUCUCGGCCAUGCACCAAUGCAUCCUCAAGCGCCACAUGCGGUCCCACACUGGCGAGCGGCCCUACCCCUGUGAGAUCUGUGGCAAGAAGUUCACGCGGCGUGAACACAUGAAGCGGCACACGCUGGUGCACAGCAAGGACAAGAAGUACGUGUGCAAGGUGUGCAGCCGCGUGUUCAUGUCCGCAGCCAGCGUGGGCAUCAAGCACGGCUCGCGGCGUCAUGGUGUGUGCGCUGACUGUGCUGGCCACAGCAUGGCAGGACCGCGGGACCACGGUGGCGGGGAGGGCUCCCCGGAGGCGUUGUUUGCGGGUGAUGGGCCUUACCUGGAGGACCCCGAUGACCCACGGGGGGAGGCUGAGGAGCUGGGCGAGGAUGAGGAUGAGGAUGCGACCAAGUGGAAGGGCCACAUGGGCCUGGCGCCUGAGGACACACUGCUCAGGGACAAGGAUGGUGACUCACCGGGGCCCCCCAGCCCCUCCACGGGGCCAGACAAGGACUUGGGUUGGCUGUGCUAGGGUACCUGCUGCCUAGUGUGUGCUAGGUUGUCCUACUCAGGGCUGGGGCCAGGCUGCAGAUGGCAUCCCCAGGGCUCCAGCCUCAGACCAGAAACCAUUCAGUCCUUUUGGAUGGAGAAGCAGGUGCUGGGAGGGGUCCUGGGGCUGGGGGCGUGCUGGCCAUCCAAGGGACUCCUUGAGUCACCCCAGGUGGCACUGCCAUCGCCCGUAGCAGUCAGGUCAUUCACUGCCCCAGGGCCCUGCCAGCUAGGUGCUGUGGGAGGCCUGGCCCAGGUGCUAUGUUGGGGGAGUGGCCCUCCCACAACCCCUGCCUGCUCCCUGGCCCUGUGCCCUGGGGUCCCUGGUUUUGAGGCCUGCCUACACUUCCUGGUGCACCUUGUACUCGGGUCCUGCCUAUACUUCCUGUGCCCCGGCACUCCUGCUGACCUCCCCCUAAGCUGGCCGGGGGGCCACCCCACCUUUCUGCUGCUAACUGCCUGUCCUCGGAGUGAGACCCCCUCAGUGCCACGAGCUGCUCACACCUACUGACCGUGCGGCAACCCAGCACCCUGGAGCAGUCAGGGCCAUGUGUCCUCUGCCCGUGCCCUGCCUUCUGCCUCCUGGGACCCCUGCCUGCUGGACACUCCUGACUUUUCCAGACUUGGCCUUUGGCCGUCCCUGACCGAUCCCCUUGUGUUUGCUGCUUCCUCAUGGGAGAGAAACCCCAGACCCUCACAUAGGUCCCCGGGUGCUGUGACCUCCGCCCACCCACAGUCCUUAUCAGAGAGGGGGUUGAGGGUCAGGGUUCUCAGCCAAUCCUGGAGCCUCUGCUCACUGCCCACCUCUGUGGGGCUGGGAUGAGCAGGAGGAUACAGCUGGGCUCCCUCCCCUCAGGGGACCGGCCAGUCCCUGGCCAUCAGGAGUCUGCCCAGCCCGGCUCAGGCCCACCACUCAGGGUGCUGCCCCACCCAGCUCUUAGAAGGCACCACAGAGCCUGUUACUAGCCAACACCUGGAAACCAAGGGUCCCCUAGCCGCUCCAGCCUCCACAGGCUCAGGCCUGAGACAGAUCUGUUAAGGGUCUAUGUGUUGUGUUGUUUUUAACGUGAUGGAUUUUUUAAAAUCAAUGUUUAAACUAAUAAAUAUUUUUUUAUGAAGAGGAAGAGCUGUGUAGAUGACAUUUGCAUCCCGUGCUGUCCUGUGUUCUAUGUCCGGGGUCAGCAGCCACAGGAGGCCUGGCCCAAGGUGGGGCGGGCACGAGCUGUGCAGCACAGCAGUCGGCCAUCUGAGCGAGCAAGGUGCAGACUGGACCUGCGCAGC